AUGUUCUCGGCGUGCCUGCCGCGCCGCGAGCCCCUGACCGCGGAUAACUUUCCUUCCGGCCCGUCCGCGCCCGAGUCGUCGCGUCCCGCGGGGGCGUUCGACGCGCCCCACGCGUGCGACGCGUCGAGCUCCUCGCUCGACGAUGACGGUCCGCACGAUCGCGUGUGCGUGAUCGUCAAUGUCAGGGCGCCGGGAGCCAAGACCGCGGUGAAGCGCCUGAAGAGGCUGCACGGCGUCGAGGUGCUCGUCAUGGACAGCAAGAGCCAGGAGCGGCUGCUACGCCGGCUGGAGGAGUUGCUGGUCGGGUCCGACGGGAACGACGCCCGCGAUAAAGAUGAUGGGCACGGGCGCGGAGGCCGAAUCAGGUUCCUGGCCGGCGGCGGCGACGGUACCAUCGCCGCCGCCGCCUCCCUCAUCGCCCUCGCGUGCGAACGCGCGGGCAUCGCCCCGGAACUCCGCGCCCCGGUCGCGCCCCUGCCCCUCGGCACCGGCAACGAGCUCAGCAGAAUCUGCGGAUGGGGAGCUUUGUACGCGGGCGCACCGCUCGAGAGAAUCGUCCGAGACGUAUCGCGCGCGUACCUCGCGAAGCUGGACAUGUGGACCGCGACGAUCGCCCCGAACGAAACAGAGCCGUUCGGCGGCGGCUUCGACGACGUGCACGACGGGCGAAGAAACGAGUCACUCUCGACGCAAAGGACGCGAGAGCGAAAGUUUUGCUGCUUCUUCAGCGUCGGUUUCGACGCGCACAUCUCGCACCGAUUCACGCGUCGACGGGAACGGGACCCGAAGUCGUGCGCCACCGCGUGGCAGAACAAGGCGUGGUACGCCUACUACGGCGCCGCGGAGUUUGUCGCCGGGGGCGGACGCCUCCUCGGCGAGGACGGCAAACCGUCGGUGGAGCUAUGGGUGGAUGGUCGGCGAAUCCACGUGGGGCGGGACCUGAACAGCGUGCAGGUGUUCAACAUCCACAGCAGCGCGGACGGGGUGGAUUUCUGGGGCACGAACAGGGCGAGCGUCAAGGGGGAGCUUCCCGACGACGCGUUCGCGCCGCCGUGCGUCGGGGACGGGAUGCUCGAGGUGGUUGGCACCCGCGGCGUGUCCGACCUGGUCGCCGCCAGGGGCGGCUUCGCGCACUCGAGGCGGCUGGCGCAGGGACGAGUCGUGGAGUUGCGGACGAGCGCGGCGGUGGCGGCGCAGAUGGACGGGGAGACGUGGGUGCUGCCGCCGAGCUCGGUGGUGAUAACGCACGCGGGGAGUAUACCGCUGUGCGUGGGACCCGGGGCGACCAGGAACCUGCGGCCCGGGCUGGAGACGUCGGGCGGCGGAGGAGGGGGGUGCCUGAUGAGACUGUGA